CUUUAGUAAUGCUACUGCCGUAUAUUAUACGAUAAUUGAAUGCAAAUGAGUCAUACUCAACAUCUGGCAACUCGACGGAUUUCCCAAUUUUUUUUUCUUCAUUUGUGCACUUUUCUUGUUUUCUGCAGUGAUUUUUUCAACUCAGCAUUGGACGUUCGACUAAUCGGCAAAAAUGUUAUCCAUUUUGUGCUGCAGUUGCUAAAAAUUGUGAAAAAUGAAAAACUUAUCGAUUUUAUUGUAGAAAAUCUAAUAAAAUUUAUAAUUUUCAUUGGAAAACGGGCGAGGCCGUGUUUAACUGCAAAAAGUGCAAAAAAAGGUGUUUUCGCAGUGUGGUUGGGGAAAGUUCGCAUACAAAAGGGUAGACAACGAAAGAAAGUCAUAAAAAGGCAAGUGGAGGAUUGUGUUUCUCUGGUUGGAAAGUGGCUGCAGUCACGGAUACAAAAAGGUGAGGAGCAGUAAGCAUUCUGGAUCUACAUACUGCGUUGAUUGCCACAAGGAACGACAUUGUAUAUAACAACAUACGGACGCACCUAGGCACCGCAGUCAUUCCAAAAUGUCGAGUCGCAGUCGCGCAAUACUCAAUGUAAACCUCGAUGCGGCAAUGGCCAAUGAUCCAUUGCGAGAGCUUUUCGAAGCAUGUAAAACGGGUGACAUUGCAAAGGUAAAGAAGCUCAUUACAACACAAACUGUGAAUGCGCGCGACACCGCUGGACGAAAGUCGACACCUCUACACUUUGCAGCAGGCUAUGGUCGCCGCGAGGUAGUCGAGUUUCUACUGAAUAGUGGCGCUUCCAUACAAGCAUGUGACGAGGGUGGUCUACAUCCGCUACAUAAUGCCUGCUCAUUUGGGCAUGCUGAGGUCGUACGAUUACUGCUAAAGGCUGGCGCAAGUCCCAAUACAACAGACAAUUGGAAUUACACACCGCUGCACGAGGCGGCCAGCAAAGGCAAAGUGGACGUUUGCAUAGCAUUGCUGCAGCAUGGUGCCAAUCCGAAUAUACGCAAUUCAGAGCAGAAGACGCCACUGGAAUUGGCCGACGAUAAUACACGACCUGUACUCACUGGCGAGUAUCGCAAGGAUGAGCUAUUGGAAGCAUCACGCUCUGGUGCAGAAGAUCGCUUACUGGCAUUGCUCACACCAUUGAAUGUGAAUUGUCAUGCCAGUGAUGGUAGACGCUCAACCCCGCUACACUUGGCGGCUGGUUAUAAUCGCAUCGGUAUUGUGGAGAUUCUAUUGGCGAAUGGUGCGGACGUGCACGCCAAGGACAAGGGUGGUUUAGUGCCGUUGCACAACGCCUGCUCGUAUGGACACUUUGAGGUGACCAAGCUGCUGAUCAAAGCGGGUGCCAAUGUAAAUGCGAACGAUUUAUGGGCAUUUACGCCAUUGCAUGAGGCAGCAUCGAAAAGCCGUAUCGAGGUAUGCAGUUUGUUGCUGAGCAAAGGCGCCGACCCGACGCUGCUCAAUUGCCACAAUAAGUCGGCAAUCGAUUCGGCGCCAACACGAGAAUUACGUGAACGCAUUACGUAUGAAUUCAAAGGGCAUUGUGUGCUGGACGCAUGCAAGAAGGGUGACAUAGCGCGCCUCAAAAAAUUCCUCUCCUCCGAAACUGUCAACUUUGUGCAUCCAUAUACGGGCGACACACCGCUACACGCCGCCGCCAUUUCAAUUGAUCCCAAACGCAAGCAGAUAACAGAAAUACUUAUACGCAAAGGUGCGUUGUUGAACGAGAAGAACAAGGCCUUCCUAACACCUCUACAUCUGACAGCCGAGCACUUGCUUUACGAUGUGAUGGACACGCUGCUGAAGAAUGGCGCCAAAGUGAAUGCGUUGGAUGGUCUGGGUCAGACCGCAUUGCACAAGUGCGCCCGGGAUGAACAGGCCGUGCGUCUAUUGCUUUCGUAUUCCAUAGAUGCAACUAUCAUUUCGCUGGAGGGCUACACUGCAGCACAGCUAGCCUCCGACGCUGUGUUAAAGAUACUUAAGGAUCCGCCAGAUACGGAAACACAUCUAUUGGAAGCCGCUAAAGCGGGCGAUUUGGACACGGUGCGUCGCAUUGUGCUCGCCAAUCCGCACACAGUAAAUUGUCGCGACCUGGAUGGACGUCACUCCACGCCGCUGCACUUCGCCGCCGGCUUCAAUCGUGUGCCAGUCGUAGAAUUUUUAUUGGAGCACGGCGCAGAAGUGCAUGCCGCCGACAAGGGUGGACUAGUUCCACUACACAACGCUUGUUCGUACGGCCAUUACGAGGUCACGGAGUUGCUGGUGAAGCAUGGCGCGAAUGUGAACGUGUCCGAUUUGUGGAAAUUUACACCGCUGCAUGAGGCGGCGGCCAAAGGCAAAUAUGACAUUGUGAAAUUGCUGUUGAAACAUGGCGCCGAUCCGUCGAAGAAGAAUCGCGAUGGUGCCACGCCAGCUGAUUUGGUUAAAGAGUCCGAUCAUGACGUAGCGGAGCUGUUGCGUGGCAACUCAGCGCUGCUGGAUGCCGCUAAGAAGGGUAACUUGGCGCGCGUACAACGCCUUGUUACACCGGAGACGAUCAACUGUCGUGACGCACAAGGACGCAAUUCCACACCACUGCAUCUAGCGGCUGGCUACAAUAACUACGAAGUCGCUGAGUAUCUGUUGGACAAUGGCGCCGAUGUCAAUGCACAAGACAAAGGCGGCUUGAUACCGCUGCAUAAUGCCUCUUCCUACGGGCAUCUGGACAUAGCGGCGCUCUUAAUUAAACACAAGACUGUGGUGAAUGCCACCGAUAAGUGGGGCUUUACGCCGCUGCAUGAGGCCGCGCAAAAGGGACGCACACAAUUGUGCGCGCUGCUGCUUGCACACGGCGCAGAUCCAUACAUGAAGAAUCAGGAGGGUCAAACACCAAUCGAGUUGGCGACUGCGGAUGAUGUGAAAUGCCUAUUGCAGGAUGCAAUGACAACAUCCUUGGGCGACUCGACACUUAGCUCCUCCAGCAUCGCUGGUCAGCAAUUCACCUUCACCGGCACCAACUGCUGCUGCGGGCGCAGCAGCGAGUACAUCUGCAGCGCCGCUGCCGCUACUAGCUUGACUGCCGCUGCGGCAGCCUGCAAUGUACUUUCACCAACUACUGAGACCGUAACACUGCCUUCUGGUGCCUCGAUGACGCUUAGUGUACCGGUGCCGUUGCCGCUGUCAACGCGCAUUAGUCCUGCGCAAGGCGCUGAAGCGAACUCUGGUGAUAUGACCAGCGGUGAAGAGGUGCCCGAUCCCGAUUCCAUUACCAAUGUGGCCAGCUUCUUGUGCAGCCAACAGUUGGAGCAUUUGAUAGAUCUCUUUGAGCGUGAACAAAUCACGUUGGAAAUACGCGAAAUGAGUCAUGAGGAUUUGAAGCAAGUGGGCGUGUCUGCGUAUGGGUUUAGACAUAAAAUAUUGAAAGGUAUUGCGCAGCUGCGCGCCACCACAGGCAUUGGCAGCAAUGUCAAUCCAGGUACUCUAUUAGUGGAUCUCUUGCCAGACGAUAAGGAAUUUGUCGCGGUUGAAGAAGAAAUGCAGGCUACCAUACGUGAGCAUAGAGACAAUGGCCAAGCGGGCGGCUACUUCACACGCUACAAUAUUAUACGCGUUCAAAAGGUACAGAAUCGCAAACUUUGGGAGCGUUACGCACAUCGCCGUCAUGAAGUGGCCGAGGAGAACUCCAUACAAGCCAAUGAGCGUAUGCUCUUCCACGGCAGUCCUUUCAUCAACGCAAUCGUGCAGAAGGGCUUCGAUGAGCGUCACGCCUAUAUUGGCGGAAUGUUUGGUGCGGGUAUUUAUUUUGCUGAGCACAGCUCGAAAAGCAAUCAGUAUGUGUAUGGCAUUGGUGGUGGGAUUGGUUGUCCAUCGCACAAGGAUAAGUCUUGUUAUGUUUGCCCAAGACAACUGCUUCUGUGUCGCGUAGCACUGGGCAAAUCAUUCUUGCAGUACAGCGCAAUGAAAAUGGCACACGCACCGCCAGGACAUCAUUCGGUUAUUGGUCGACCAUCAGCCGGAGGGCUACAUUUCGCUGAAUAUGUAGUGUAUAGAGGAGAGCAGGCCUAUCCCGAGUACUUGAUUACUUAUCAAAUCGUUAAGCCUGAUGACAGCAGUAGCGGCAAUGAGGAAUCGAGAUGAUGGCCAUCAGUUGGUUCGACGCCCACCACUACUUCGCCUGCACAACAGCAACACCAACAUCCGCAGCUACAACAGCAACAGCAACAACAACAGCAGCAGCAAUUGCAACAUCAGCAACCUCAACAGCAACAAAAACACCACAAUACGAUAACAACAACAGCAACACAUCACGCGCAUCCGCACACGCACCAGCACUCGCAUCCGAAAUUGCAACAGCAGCACUCACUGCCACUGCAACUGCAGUAUCAUCAUCACUCACAACAUCACCAGCUGGUGACCACCACACAGCCUUCACCGGCUGGCACGUUCAUCAGCCAGACGGCGGGUAUUAUCACAACCGUUGCCAACAGCGAUAUGCUGGGCCACAAUGGCGAUAUUUCUCCGCUCUCUUCCAGCAAUUCUUUCUCCUCAGUGGACACCAAUCAAACACUACUUAACUCAAUUGCCAACCAAGCGCAACUGCAACACCAACAGUCGUCCUCAUCGCAUAUAUUGCCUCAGCUGCCACCGCCGCCCACAAGCAAUAACAGCAGUUCCAAUCGUCAUGGCACCAGCAAUCGCUCAUAUCGCACCAAGUAUAGCCAAUUCAUGAUAAUCACACCAGCGGUCUCCAUUGAUCGUGACUAUGAGCAUGAUGAAGCUUUUGGCAGUGGUGGAUCCGCUGCAGCUGCGUUAACUAACAAUUUCGACUUUGAUGAGGAUGCCUAUUGCAAUGACAACAACACCAAUGCCAAUGCCAAUGGCAACAACAGCAAUGCCAAUAAUGGCAACAUUUUUCGCAUGUCACUACUGCAGAAUAGCAGCAGCAUUGAUAGCGGCAACAGCAGUGACAGCUCUUUCCGCUCCAACUACAAUCCCUAUCUACAUCACAGUCGCCAACAUUUGCUACCCAAAGGGGCGCCACAUUUCUACACGUUCUCCUCGUGGCGCUGGUGCACACUAAUUUGUGCUGCAAUGCGUUGCUUUGGUGGCGGACAUAGCUCACAUGCGCCGUACAGCACCAGCUUUGCGCGGCCACCAUAUCAGCGUUCGCGUAGCUCCGGCGCACAAACAACCCGUUCCUCGCAGCCACAUCGGCGUUUGCGCUCCUCUUCCUUUACUGCUGAGACGGCUUUCGAGCAUUUCUCGGCACCCUUUAAGGCGCGCAAAACGCGCGACCAUCUCAACAACAUCACCUACGAAUUGUGACGGUGGCAGCAGCGAUUACGACGACCUCAAUGCCAAUUCGAAUUUGAGCCCCGCAAUUGUGUGGUGAUGGCCAUUGCAAUUGUACUAGUGCUACGAACAAUUCGAGCGACUGCAACGCAGAAAGCUAUUAACGCGUUUUUUGAUCUCGUAUUCGUAUUUGUAUGCGCUUUGUUGAUCGGCAGCGCAACAUUAAAGCAGCCGUGUUGUUGCGAGAGUAGUACCAGUGCCGACAGCACAGUGUCAUCGUAUUCCACUUUGAACGUUUAUUAUUAUUACUUAUUAUGAAAGAAAACAAAAAAAACACAAAAACGAUAAGAAAAUCAAACAAAAAACUAUUACUCGUAUUAAAAUCUUACAUUUACUCCAUAUUUCUUGUACUUUUAACUUAUAGUCGUCGUCGUCGUCGUCGUGUUAUAGAAGAAACUGAACAAGUAAAUAAUAUACAACAUAAAUAUAUGAUAUACAUAGAUAAGUGUGUACACUUUAGGGCAACGUUUUGAGGGAAUGAAGAAUGCAUAAAGACUAAGCGAGAGAAAUAUAGAGAAAAAGGGAAAAAAUUAAAAAAUCAGCAGCAAUGGAAUGAAAAUCAAAGGCAAUUAAGACGGAGAUUCUCAUACGCCAACUUAAACCUGAUUGAAUGCAUUUGCUGAAGUAUGAAGCGAAGCUAGAUUUGUACUUCUUUAACAUUUAACUUUUUUCUUUUUUUUUUUAAAUUGCAUAUGACUCCCGUUUGGGGCAUUUGAAGAGUGAAUUUGUGCUCUCCGCGCAAUAUAUUUCACCAUUCGGCCAGAUCUCACCAUUUAAUUUUUAUGUUUUUUUAACUAAAAAUGUGCGAAUUUGUUGUCGUUUUCUUGCUUCAUUCAUUGCAUUCAUGAAAAAAUUAAAAUCACUAAAGGAAAAAUGUCUAAAACUGCAAUCAGAGGUAUCUUAUGUCAGGCCAUAAUCAGUGACCAUGGUAUAUACAUAUGUACAUUUGUUACGACCAAAACAUUAAUGUCUCAGAUGUAGAAACAUUUGUCAGGUCUGCAUGUACAGUGGUGGUCAUAUAAUUUGGGACGCAUUCAAAUAUCGAUGCCCCUUUCACCCAAAAACAAUUUUUUUAAGCCCUUCCGAACCGGUUAACAUCAGUAAUUCGAGCGGGCCAAUCCAAAACACUUUCCUGCAGAAAACCAAGCUUUGUUGCUCCUAGCAGUAAGUCUUUGAUCGUUAUCCUGCAUAAAAAUGAAUGCAGCAGGCACAUUCUCGUCGGAAAAUUGCCUUCAUUUUGUUCAUCCAUAUAUCUUUGUACAGAUUUUGAUCCAUUCGCUCUGUUAUCCGACCCGCACCAGACC